AUGAAUUCAUUGUUAAUUUACUUGAUAAAAACAAAGACGGUAGCUGGAAUGGAAAUAUACAAAAAAUUGAUUUAUAUUAGUUGUUUUAUGGAUUUGACAGUCACUUGUUUGAAUUUUAUUGUCCAACCGGUGAAUUGUUUCGAAUUUUUUUUAAGUGCCGGAGUACAAGGGGUUUCGUGGCGGGUACGAGUCGGGGAAGCAAAGUAGUUAUUAAGAAAAAUUGAUACCCUCCCAGGGUUGGGUCUCCCGAGGGUCGAGAGACCUUCGAGAGACGCCCUGGGAGUCUGGUCCCCUACCUUAACGAA